AAUACUGAGAUGGGCAACUACUGUUUGAACACUGAUGAUCUUGGUUUUAGAUAGCACUUUUUUUCCCCCUUAAGAGAUCCUAAAGUGCUUUACAGAAAUAUUGUGUACAGAAAUCCUUGCUUUCACCAGAGAAAGGUAACCACAUCUGGACUGGAAUGUGGCAGCUGGCUAAUAGGGGACAACAGUGCCAUAUGACAGUUCACAGCUGGAAAUGAAGGAAUUGCCAAGCACAAGAAGAAAAGGUUUCCUAACUGAACAUGCUGCCCCUUUCUCUGCUUUCCUGACUGACAACUUUGGCCGUCAGCACAACUACCUGCGGAUCUCCCUGACUGAGAAAUGUAACCUCAGAUGUCAGUACUGUAUGCCAGAGGAGGGAGUUCAACUGACCCCCAAAUCAGAGCUGCUCACUACCCAGGAGAUAAUCACCCUUGCCAGGCUCUUUGUGAAGGAAGGUGUGGACAAGAUCCGAUUGACUGGUGGAGAACCACUCAUCCGGCCUGACGUGGUUGAUAUUGUGGCUCAGCUAUACAAGCUAGAAGGGCUACAAACCAUUGCUGUCACAACCAACGGGAUCAACUUAGCUAGGCUGCUGCCACGGCUGAAGGAGGCGGGGCUGGAUGCCAUUAACAUCAGCUUGGAUACUCUGGUUCCGGCCAAAUUUGAGUUCAUCGUCCGGAGGAAAGGCUUUCAUAAGGUAAUGGAAGGAAUCAACAAAGCCGUUGAACUGGGGUACAAUCCUGUUAAGGUGAACUGUGUAGUGAUGAGAGGCCUCAAUGAGGAUGAGCUGUUGGACUUUGUGGCGCUCACGAAGAACCAGCCGCUCGACGUGCGGUUCAUCGAAUACAUGCCCUUCGACGGAAACAAGUGGAACUUCAAAAAGAUGGUGAGCUAUAAGGAGAUGCUGGAUACAGUCAGGCAGAGAUGGCCUGACCUGGAGAAGCUGCCCUGUGAGGCCUCCAGCACAGCCAAGGCUUACAAGGUACCAGAUUUCCAGGGGCAGAUCAGCUUUAUUACCUCCAUGUCAGAGCACUUCUGUGGAUCCUGCAAUCGGCUGAGGAUAACCGCAGAUGGGAACCUGAAGGUGUGCCUUUUUGGGAACUCAGAAGUGUCCUUGAGGGAUCACCUACGGUCCGGUGCUUCGGAGGACGAAUUGGUUCAAAUUAUAGGAGAAGCAGUGGGCAGAAAAAAGAAACAGCAUGCAGGCAUGUUUAACAUUUCCCAGAUGAAGAACCGGCCAAUGAUCCUGAUCGAGGCAGCAUUGGAAUCGACCCCACUACUGCAAGAUGCCGUGCAGAAUUCUCCAAGUUCAAAGCAAUGGGGUCACAGACCUGGCCACUGGCUAACGCCAAGAGCAAGUUUAUCCAAGCAGAUGGGAAAAGCAUUUAAGAAAAAUGUGUUUACAGGACAGCAUGCCUUGCCAGGAUCUCGCUCAGAGCAACAGCAGCUGGCAGCAGAAAUUCUGCAAGCUCAGGCACACAGCAUUUGCAUCUUCCAAAAGAAUUUGAGCUCUAGCUCGGACACAAAGUGCCUUAGGACAGGAAGUCCUUCCAUUCAGCACACCAGCCACACUGCUGUGGACAGUCACUCGGGGGCUGCAGCUGGAAACCAGUCAGAAGAAAAGGGCCCAGGAUCUCACUCCAAAGCCAUAGGUUCUGGCUUGUGCGCCAGUGAACGGGGUCCUUCCAGCAGCCUGACUCACAUUGACCAAGAGGGGCGGGCGGCCAUGGUAGAUGUUGGAAAGAAGCCCGAUUCUGAAAGGACCGCUGUUGCCAGUGCUGUGGUUCGCCUGGGUGAGAAGGCAUUUGGGAUGGUGCGGCAGAACCAGCUGAAGAAAGGGGAUGUGCUGGCAGUAGCCCAGAUCGCAGGGAUUCAGGGAGCCAAACUGACCAGCCAGCUGAUCCCCCUGUGCCACAACAUCCCUCUGAGCCAUGUGGUUGUCUCUCUGAGCCUGGAUGAGACUAGAUGGGCUGUGGUGAUCCAGGCGCUGUGCCACAGCCAGGGUAAGACGGGCGUGGAGAUGGAAGCGCUGACAGCUGCCAGCCUUGCUGCCCUGACUGUGUAUGACAUGUGCAAAGCAGUCACUCAUGACAUAGUCAUCGAAGAGGUGAAGUUGGUGAGCAAGACGGGAGGGCAGAGGGGAGACUUCCAGCGUGGAUAGCACUUCUCCUGGCACAGGAGCAUCCCCAUGCGGGCAUUGAGCUUGUGGGCUGCUUUAGUGCCAUAUGUGCAGUCAGGCUGGGGAAACAGCAGCAGCAGGUAUCCUGUAUAAGAAUGUGACAGUCUCUGAACGGCCAGGCCAUUUCACUGCUGGGUGCUCCUCAGUUCAACUGCUGGACAGGUCUCUGCAGGCGUCCACCACCACCCUUGCCAGUAACCUCAGCAGAGGGGCCAAAGGUUCUGUUAGGCCAUGGGUCAAAACUGAGGCCCUUCAGCCCGGUGGUGCAAGGGAAGCUGGCCUGGCUGCUGUAACCUGUCCAGAGCUUAGUCAGGCGCUCUUCAGUACUGAAUUCACUUGGCAAAUGAACACAACAAAGAGUAGUUUAUUGUAUCUUUGAUCAAUGACUGUGCUUUCAGAAUUGCUCCUUUCUCCCCAUCAAACUUGAACUAGGAAGAAACUUCAGAAGGAGAUAACAGGGAGUCAUUCUAGAGUCCUAGCCAUUGAGCAAAGAUUUUAAUAAUGGACAGAAACCCAUCAGCUGGAAUUAUUCAGCUCAAAGACAUAGUCACACCCCUCACACCUGCUUGGGUCCUAAAUGGGUCUGAUCAGUACCACAGCCAGGGGACGGGAGCUUGUGUCCAUGAAUGGAAAAUUAGAUGCUGGUUGACUGAUGCCAAAUAGCCCAUGCCUAGUUCUGAUUUCACUGAGGGGCAUGAUGCUGAAUACAGAAGGCUACUGUGGUAGGGGGAACUGUAAUUUGCACACCCUGAACUGCAUUGCUGUAGUUCACUUGUGCCUGCCGUCAUAACCAACUCAUUAGAUGUUCCUGCAUGCUUAAAGGCCAGUUCUGAAUCAAUCUCCGUCCAUCAAAGCCACUUCCCCUCCCCCCCUUCCUUGCAGGGUCCUGAAGUGAUAGCCUGCAGAGGAACAUCAAAACUUACGGUGUUGCCCCACUCCAGAGCAACCACCAGGAAGCAUGACCAAAACUGGGUAGCCAUGACAGGCUUCCCUGAAGAGCCAGUAUGGGCGGUCAAAUGAUUGACUCAGUUUAAAACUACUUCAUACGUUUUUGUACUCUAGCAAGUUUAUGGGCUGUGCCUAAGGGCCUCAUUCUGCUCCUUAGAGAAGUCAGGGCCAGAACUCCUCAAAACAUGAGCAGAAUCAGGCCCUUAAUUUUUUAUUUCUGGGACUUGAAAUCCAGCCGAGCUCCAGCAGAGGGAUUUUUUUUAUUUUUUAAUCUACCUGCCUGCUGUGACUGUUUGUAGCCCUAGCGAAGGUUAUCAUGGGAUAACCUAGUCUGAUGCUUGCUUCUUCUAUAGACUUUGCAUCCAGCCAGCAGAGGAAGCCUGAGCUAACUCUUGCAUCAAUAAUGCUGCUGUUGCUGAAUUCAGUGAUUCUUUUGGCAGACAGGGUCAUAAACAUCCCUUUGCUGUGUUGACUCUGCUCCAGGGAAGGGGAGGAAAUCCUUCAAUAUUUGUCAAAGGAACCCAGGAGAGGGGAAAUUGGAAUAGGCACUUAAACUGAUUUUUCAGUCUUCUAAAAGUGAAGUCCUUGAUGUUGCAGAGUCUUAUGCUAUUUUGGUUGUUAAAGCCUGAACCUCUUGAGGCAUGUGGCUAGACAAGGACCUCUGCUUUUUUUUUUUUUUUUUUUUUUUAAAAAAGGGAAAGUGCCACAAGGAGAACUAGGAAGAGAAAAACUUUGAAGUAUGACCUUCAUUCAUCCUAAAAGCUCAAAGCCAGAAGGCAAACAAAGAGAACCCUGCACAGGGGGCUGGCACAUGUAAUGAUUUUUAAACAUUUGGUGGUGGUAACACUCAGGACUUGAAAUGGUCCCCUUGCCAAGGAUGAUCUUCAAAAGCAGGAGUUUGUUUUGCAUGUUUUUUGGAGUAGAGGGGAAUAGACAUAGCAAAAUAUACUGAUUUGUCAGUCUAAAUUGAAAAACAAUUCUCCCUUAGAAUCUUGAACUCAAGUUUUGAAAGUUUCUCCUGCUACAGUUGAGAUCAAACACCUCCAGCAGAGCAGGGAUUCCAGCUCUCUAUGCCAUCUUAGAGGCUAGUGCCACCCUGUGCUAUGGUUGGAAAGAUACAGAAGUCCCUAAUUCAGAUCUUGGCAGACCAAAAGCUUUUCUGCUUCUAAACCUUGUGUUUAAAAAUGAAGUCAGACAGUCCCCAGGGUUGAAGAAUACUUCAGUAACAGGUUGUUUAAAAAAAAAAAAAAAAGGCUACCCCAAAUACUCAACCCCUUUUUGUUUUAACUUGCUCAUCACUGCUGUAUUUUGGUUUUAAACAGUAACCUGAAAGCUUUACCUAACUAUCAAAGACCAGGAGCCCCCAACUUUAAUUUAUAGUGUGUUCCUGUGGCUUAAGUUUCCUGCCCUUUGGAUACCAGUGCCGCUGCCCCCUUUGAUACACACAACAGAGGAAGUUUUUAAAACAGCCUUAUUAACCUUGCUUUCCUAUUAAACUAGCGCUUUCAAGUUACUUGAAAGAAUUCUUUCCUUUGCCUUGUGAUUGAUUAGGAUUGUUGGUACAGCCUGCUCCCUAAUGUUGUUUCAAGAAACAUUUUAUCCAGUGGUGAGACUAUACAUGACAGCAUCAAGCACAUCCCAGUCACUUUGGAGGAGAUUAGCUCAGGUUUAGUGCAGCAAACUGGGACUGCAUGGUCAGAUUUAACCCUUUAACCCCCACCCUCUUUCCUAUACACCUGAUUGCCCAAUCCCUUUUCUUACUAACUCAAGGAAGCACUUUGGAGUUCACUGUAGAGUCACUGUGCGUUUUAAGCCAUGCUACGUGUUCAGGUACAGCUAGCAGUUUGAAAUAUAUAUUUUUCUAUGGCUGAGCCAUUAUCCACAACAUCCCAGUAAUAGUGUUGCCAUGACCACCAAGUUAGGUUUAGGGGAUCCCAUUGACUUUAUGGGGUGCCUGUGUGGAACCAGAUGGCCUAAGCUGGUUCUAAUACACUUGGCUCUAUAAGUAGGUGGCAGUGUGUUUGUUUAUAUUGAUCAGACCUUUCAUUUAAAGACUGCUUAAAUUAGCACCUCUUAAAAUUCUAUCUGAACACACCUUAAUGGUAGAUGCGUUAAUAGCUAGGUGAGAGAAGUGGUCACCAAUGAAUUGGGAGUCUAAGCACUUCAGGGGUGUCUACACUGCACGUGGGAGCAAGCCUCCCAGUGUGGCUCGACAGACUUGUGCUAAUGGGCUAAAGAGCUGUGUAGCCAUUGCAGCUCAGGUUGGCAUUUGGAGGCUCUGCCCUGAGGUACACUUGAGAGCCUGACCUCCAGUCCAAGUCACAACAUCAAAGCAAUGUCUACACAGCUAGUUUUAGUGCACUAGCAUGAGGCUGUAGACCUGGGCUGGGCUGCUCGCUCCCAAUGUAGCUAGACCAGGGGUCGGCAACCUGCCGUACGUGUGCUGAUUUUUGAUGGCAUGCUGCUGCCUGCCGGGGUCCUGACCCCACUCAGCCCCCCCCGCCUACUGAUUUCUCCUGCAGAGACAGGAGGCAGAAGCUUGGUCCUGCUGGCAGCCAAGCUCUCCCCUCCCCUGCUUCGUCCCCCAGUGUGGUACUUUCCUGCCCCUCCCUCUCCCUGCCGCCAAUCAGCUGAUUACCCUUGGGAGGGGGAGCUGAGCCGCAGCAUGCACGCUGCUCCGGGGAGGACGGGGCAUAUCCCCUCCAGCCCCCUGCCGUGAACACCCCUACAAGCCGAGCACCCCAGCCCUCUGCCCUGACCCCUGUACCCCCUCCACACACACCCAGCCCUCUGCCCUGACCCCUGCACCCCCUCACGUCCCAUGCCCUACUCUUGCACCCUGAGCACCAAAUGGGAGUUCCUGCACCCCCCGGUCUGGGAUCCCAGCUGCCAGCCCCUUGCCAGCUGGGGUCCCGCAGGCCCCACUCAGCCCGCUGCUGAACUAGGUGAAUGGAACAUCAGGCCGGCAGUGGGCGGCGUGGGCCGGCGGUGUAAGAGCAGCAUUUUAAUUUAAACUUCUUAAACAUUUUGAAAACCUUGUUUACUUUACAUACAACAAUAGCUUAGUUAUAUAAUAUAGACUUAGAGAGAGACCUUCUAAAAACCGUUAAAAUGUAUUAACAGCACACGAAACCUUAAGUUAAAGUGAAUAAGUGAAGACUCGGCACACUGCUUCUGAAAGGUUGCUGACCCCUGAGCUAGACCCUUACAGGUUGCACUGGGUUUCAACUAGUGAGUGGGUGCUGAAUUCCUGGCUAGUUUCUUUCCUGCUUCUCUCUAUCCCACACACCUCCAUGAAGGGGAAGAGUCUUCCUUGUAGGGAAGCACUGGCCAAUAUUAGGAACAAAGCUUCCUCAGCCUGUACUGUGCUGCUUCCCACAGUCCCCAUUGACCUGGAACAACGAACCACGGCUCGUGGGAGCUGCGAGCGGCUAAACCUGUGGACACUGCAGGUAAACAAACUGUCCCGGGCCGCCAAUGGAUUUCCCCGAUGGGCCUUGUGCCAAAGGUUGCCAAUCCCUGCCAUACAGCAUGAAAAGCAGCAUUUUUAUCAAAAAGCACUUCAGGUACUUAAUCUGUUUGGUUUUCUUACAGUUACUAUGAGAUGUGAUUAAGAGCUCUUCUAUCUAUCCAGAGAAGAGCAACAAGAAUGAUUAAAGGUCUUGAGAACAUGACCUAUGAAGGAAGGCUGAAAGAAUUGGGUUUGUUUAGUUUGGAAAAGAGAGGGGACAUGAUAGCAGUUUUCAGGUAUCUAAAAAGGUGUCAUAAGGAGGAGGGAGAAAACUUGUUCACCUUAGCCUCUAAGGAUAGAACAAGAAGCAAUGGGCUUAAACUGCAGCAAGGGAGGUCUAGGUUGGACAUUAGGAAAAAGUUCCUAACUGUCAGGGUCGUUAAACACUGGAAUAAAUUGCCUAGGGAGGUUGUGGAAUCUCCAUCUCUGGAGCUAUUUAAGAGUAGGUUAGAUAAAUGUCUAUCAGGGAUGGUCUAGACAGUAUUUGGUCCUGCCAUGCGGGCAGGGGACUGGACUCUAUGACCACUCGAGGUCCCUUCCAGGCCUAGAAUCUAUGAAUCUAUCUGCACUGAGGUAAUGAAAGAUACAAACACUCUGGGUGCUCAAAUACCAUAAUUCUGCACACAAGGUCCUAUUACUAUAUCAGACCAUACUGAUUCCUUGCCAUCAUGGCAGAGAAUCUCUGCUAGUUUAAGAAGAAUAUUGAUUAACGCACAGAAGAUUCCUGCUGCAAUUCCUUCUUGCAGAGCUGGGGGAAGAAGGGGUCAGGCUUGGAAGCACAGUUACCACACUUAAGCCCUGAGGCUCAAAAGAAUUUAGGCACCUAACUCCCAGACAUCAGUAGCAGUUGAGUGAUGAAAUCCCAGGAGGAUCUUGCCUUAGAUACCAUGGUGAUAGGCAACCUUAAAACCAAAUCAAGUGGUUUCUACAUGUCAGGACUGAAAUGAAUUGGCUGAGCUAAAUAGAGAAAGGACAUCUACCUGCACUCUGCCUGUGCCUAGCUUGCUGUAGCCAAGUUGACUCUGACUUUCAUGAGCACUUUUUGUUCACCUACAUUUACAUCUUCAAAUAAAAAAAAAAAAAUUACAGCCUGUUGGGUAUUUGUUUUUAAAACCUCAUACAUCCUGAUUCAAGGGGUUGAGGAACGAUGAGUUGUAUUCAGCAAGAGAAGAAAGUUUAAACCUCAGAUGAUGGUGCAUUUGGACACGUGGCUUCUGAAAAUCUGCUAUGGUGCAAUAGUUGAUUUAACAAGCCAGGACCCCCCCCACACACACACAGACUUUGAAUUUCACUAUAAUUCCUGCAUCUGGGGUAGGGAGGAAGCGGGGAUUGUAAGGUUCUUUCUUAAUCUGAAUAGUUGGGGCAAAUUGACAGCUCAGCUCUGUUGGUGCCAUAACAUUUUCUUGUUACAUAACCAAGCGUUGGAACUAUGCAGUUAUUCUGAUAUAGAUAAGAUGUUGAAUUAAGCAUGAGAGUCCAUUUAUUUUAUGAGAAUGUGUUGCCAAAGGGCACCGGGGAGUGAGUGAGUGAGAUGUUUGUACCCCUGCUCCAACACAAAGUGUGUUCUCAAUUACGCACAAGUAAACUGGGUCGGUAUUUUAGAGGCUUAUUUUGCUCCAAUACAUUUUUAAUAAAGACUAAUUGUAAUGGAAAUGAA